GGGGCCGUGCUWCGAGCCGGCGCCCGGUGGCCGCCGGAGCUGCAGCCGCGAGCGUGCGGCACGCGCCGGCCGCCUGCCCGAACCCGGUCCCGUGUACCCGGCCCUCGACCCCCGCCGACCGAGCCGCGCGCGCCUGCCCUGUCUCCUCAGUUGCAUUUGACGAUUUUUUUUUUUUUUUGCACGCAUUCAUUUUCUGUUCCAUUUAGUCCUUUCUAAGGCGGCGGCGGCAGCGAGAGCGGCGAACGCUUGGGGCGGGGAGGGGGCGGCUGGAGGAUGCGGCGCGGGACUGCGCUCACUACGCCCGCUGCUGCUGCCCGGCUCAGGCCGGAGCGCCGAACAGGAUCCCAAGUGAUGGUGGUUUACAUGGAGGAUGAAUUGAACGCUGCGCGACUGGCUAGCACGGGGGCGGUGGUCUCUGUGCCUGCAGGUGGGCGGGCGUGAAGCUUAGGAUCUCAGAGUUUCAACCCAAGAGGAAGCAUGUCUAAAAAAGGCCGGAGCAAGGGCGAGAAGCCCGAGAUGGAGACGGAUGCAGUACAGAUGGCCAAUGAGGAGCUGCGGGCCAAACUGACCAACAUUCAGAUUGAGUUCCAGCAGGAAAAGAGCAAGGUGGGCAAGCUGCGCGAGCGGCUGCAGGAGGCCAAGCUGGAGCGCGAGCAAGAGCAGCGGCGGCACACUGCUUACAUCUCGGAGCUCAAGGCCAAGCUGCACGAGGAGAAGACCAAGGAGCUGCAGGCGCUGCGCGAGGUGCUCAUCCGGCAGCACGAGCAGGAGGCGGCCCGCACCGCCAAGAUCAAGGAGGGUGAGCUGCAGAGGCUGCAGGCCACGCUGAACGUGCUGCGCGACGGCGCGGCUGACAAGGUCAAGACCGCGCUGCUGGCUGAGGCUCGUGAGGAGGCGCGCAGAGCCUUCGACGGAGAGCGUCAGCGGCUGCAGCAGGAGAUCCUGGAGCUCAAGGCGGCGCGCAAGCAGGCGGAGGAAGCACUCAGCAACUGCAUGCAGGCCGACAAGGCCAAGGCAGCAGACCUGCGGGCUGCCUACCAGGCACACCAGGAGGAGGUGCACCGCAUCAAGCGCGAGUGCGAGCGGGACAUCCGCAGGCUGAUGGAUGAGAUCAAAGGCAAAGACCGGGUGAUUCUGGCCCUGGAGAAGGAGCUGGGUGUGCAAGCCGGCCAGGCCCAGAGGCUGCUUCUGCAGAAGGAGGCUUUGGAUGAGCAGCUGGUCCAGGUCAAAGAGGCUGAGCGCCAUCACAGCAGUCCAAAGAGGGAGCUCCCGCCUGGCAUUGGGGACAUGGCGGAACUCAUGGGGGGCCAGGAUCAACAUAUGGAUGAGCGAGACGUGAGGCGAUUUCAACUAAAAAUUGCUGAACUGAAUUCCGUCAUACGGAAGCUGGAGGACAGAAACGCCCUGUUGGCAGAUGAGCGGAGUGAACUGUUGAAACGGUCCCGUGAGACCGAGGUACAGCUAAAGCCACUGGUGGAGAAGAACAAGCGGAUGAACAAGAAGAAUGAGGACCUGCUACAGAGUAUCCAGAGGAUGGAGGAGAAAAUCAAGAAUCUCACAAGGGAAAACGUGGAAAUGAAAGAAAAGCUGUCGGCCCAAGCCUCCUUGAAGCGUCACACGUCCCUGAACGACCUCAGCCUAACCAGGGACGAACAGGAGAUCGAGUUCCUGAGGCUCCAGGUGCUGGAGCAGCAGCACGUCAUUGACGACCUCUCGCUGGAGAGGGAACGGCUCCUGCGCUCCAAGAGGCAUCGAGGGAAAAGCUUGAAGCCACCUAAGAAGCAUGUUGUGGAGACAUUUUUUGGAUUUGAUGAGGAGUCUGUGGACUCAGAAACGCUGUCAGAGACCUCCUACAACACAGACAGGACGGACAGGACCCCAGCCACUCCCGAGGAGGACUUGGAUGACACCACGACCAGAGAAGAGGCUGACCUACGGUUCUGCCAGCUGACCCGGGAGUACCAGGCCCUGCAGCGGGCCUAUGCCCUGCUUCAGGAGCAGGUGGGGGGCACGCUGGACGCCGAGCGGGAGGCCCGGACUCGGGAGCAGCUGCAGGCUGAUCUGCUGAGGUGUCAGGCCAAAAUCGAAGACUUGGAGAAGUUGCUGGUUGAGAAAGGACAGGAUUCCACGUGGGUGGAGGAGAAGCAGCUGCUCAUCAGAACAAACCAAGACUUGCUGGAAAAGAUUUACAGGCUGGAAAUGGAGGAGAACCAGCUGAAGAGCGAAAUGCAAGAUGCGAAGGAUCAGAACGAGCUGUUAGAGUUCAGAGUGCUAGAGCUCGAAGAGAGAGAGCGGAGGUCGCCAGCCUUUAACCUCCAAAUCACCACCUUCCCCGAGAACAACAGCAGCGCCCUCCAGCUGUUCUGUCACCAGGAAGGAGUUAAGGAUGUGAAUGUUUCUGAACUUAUGAAGAAACUAGAUAUCCUUGGCGAUAACGGGAAUUUGAGAAAUGAAGAACAGGUUGCAAUAAUCCAGGCUGGAACUGUGCUUGCCCUGUGUGAAAAGUGGCUGAAGCAGAUAGAGGGAACCGAGGCAGCUCUGACCCAGAAGAUGCUGGACCUGGAGAAGGAGAAGGACCUGUUCAGCAGGCAGAAGGGCUACCUGGAGGAGGAGCUGGACUACAGGAAGCAAGCCCUCGACCAGGCUUACCUGAAAAUCCAGGACCUGGAGGCCACGCUGUACAAUGCCCUGCAGCAGGAGCCGGGCCGGAUGGCCAGCGAGGCGCUGAGCGCUGGCCAGCGUGAGGACCUGCAGGCCGCUGUGGAGAAGGUGCGCCGGCAGAUCCUGAGACAGAGCCGCGAGUUUGACAGCCAGAUCCUGCGUGAGCGCAUGGAGCUGCUGCAGCAGGCACAGCAGAGAAUACGGGACUUGGAGGACAAACUUGAGCUUCAGAAGCGGCAGCUGAAGGAGCUGGAGGAAAAGUUUUUGUUCCUUUUUUUGUUUUUCUCACUAGCAUUCAUUCUGUGGCCUUGACGACUCCAGUGAGCCAGGAACUCGGGAUAUAAAAAGAGUUUAUGGAAUGAGCUGAGUCCUGCGGCAGCCCCAACCCUACUC